AUGAGUGGAUCAAAGGUGAAACAUAAAGUGGGCAAGUAUGAGCUUGGUAGGACAAUUGGGGAAGGAACAUUUGCAAAAGUCAAGUUCGCAAAAAAUAUGGAGACUGGGGAGCCCGUCGCCAUAAAGAUUCUUGAUAAAGAGAAAGUUCUCAGGCACAAAAUGGUUGAGCAGGUCUGUUUCAGAGUCCAAUGCGAUCCCUCUUUUUUCUAUUCUUUCUUUUUUAUCUGUUAUGUGCAUAAAAUUAAAUUAGGUAAAGCUUUCCUGGUGACCUAGAAGAAAUUGAGAAUUCAAACAAGCCAUUGAAAUACUGAAAUCAUUACUGAAUGUGUAUGCAGGAUUUUAACGACUACUAUCUUACAUCUUUUCUGUUUGAUCUUGUAUUAUCCCCUUUUUAUGCUGCUCUUUAACAAAAAAAUUUCAAGUUUUUGGCCUAUAUUAAUCCUGCUAUCUCAUUACACAAAUCUUAUCGUUGAAGUAUAUUGGAGAGCCUGCCACUUUUUCUCUUCAAUACAUUUACACUGAAUAUUUGAUAUCACUUUACCAGAUCAGACGGGAAAUUGCUACAAUGAAGUUGAUAAAGCAUCCUAACGUUGUUCGUCUGCAUGAGGUUUGACUUAAUCCUCAUCAGUAUAAGCUUGUGUUUUUUUUUACUCUUCUUUUCCUAAAAUGUACUUAUCCUAUUCAGGUAAUGGGAAGCAAAACCAGAAUCUACAUUGUAUUGGAAUUUGUUACCGGUGGAGAACUCUUUGACAAAAUAGUAAGUAUUGGAUCCUUUGUACUUUGAAAAAAAUUAUCUCAUUUUAUUUUGGUCGUGUUCCUGGUUUUUAGGUUCAAGCCUGACUUCACCUUCCAUCUGUGAAGGGAAGCAUCCGCAUACAGUUUCACCGAGGAACUGGAUCACCAUUCACAUGGUUUGUCGUCUCUAUCUGUUGUUGAUCAUUGCACGUAUGUUUUGUGAUUUUUGAGGUUAACCACGGUCGGAUGAGGGAGGAAGAAGCGCGUAGGUACUUUCAACAACUCAUUAACGCCGUCGACUACUGUCACAGCCGUGGUGUUUACCACCGAGACUUAAAGGUGAUGUCGUUUGAACUUGUUGCAUCCUAUGGUUCCCCUUCUUCUUUGGCUGAAAUAACGUUUUGCUUCCCGUUUUUUGUCCACAGCCGGAGAAUUUACUGCUUGACUCUUGUGGGAGUUUAAAAGUUUCUGACUUUGGCUUGAGUGCCCUCUCUCGGCAAGUCGGGGUAAUUUGUGAGCUGCUACAAUAUCCCUCAUGCACGAAAACUCGAGGCAUUGCUGAGAAAUUCAUGGCCUGAAAGCAUUCUCUGGAUUAAAUAUAUUUUAACACUUUGGAAUCCAUUCUUAAGAGCUGGGCUCAUAUUACUUCGGAUUGACAGCUAAUUACCAUUGCCUUAUGGUAGUUAAAAUGUCUCAAAUCACCGAUCUUAUUUCUCAUUGUUUUGUGCCAAAUGACAGCAACCAUUUUGAUAUGACUAAAUAGUUUUUUAUACCUGAUAACAAAAUCCAAGUUGGAUAUAGGCAUUGGCGUGGUUUGUUCAAUUUCUUACUAAUCCGAGCUUUUGAUUUUUAAAUAUGCGACGAAAAACCCCUCCAUUUUUUCUGCUCCCUGAAUCGUCCAUUUUAAAUUAAUUUACAUGUUCUGAAGGUAUAAUUUUAGAACAGUUCUCGCCUCACCUGGAGAUCCACUUCUCCUAAGGCCAUGAUACUUCCAUCAAUCUUUAUUUGUUCAUGUUCUUAAAAAGCCCUUUAUCCUACCAUAUUCUUAAUUUUUUUUUCUUUAUGAUCUUUGAUACCUUUUUCUACCUGUGUUCUUUCUCCCAGGAUGAUGGCCUGUUCCACACCACAUGCGGCACUCCAAACUACGUUGCUCCAGAGGUUCCCACUCCCACAUUAAUCCGAAUGCCUACUGAUUCGUUCAUAUGAUCUUUGACUAUGAAUCGGAAUUUCUUUGCUUCCAUGUCACCUUGGGCAGGUCCUCAGUGAUAGAGGAUAUGACGGUGCAACCGCAGAUUUGUGGUCCUGUGGUGUCAUCCUGUUCGUAUUACUUGCAGGUUACUUGCCUUUUGAUGAUCCUAAUCUAUUGAUCCUGUAUAAAAAAGUGAGCAUUGUACCAAUUUUGGAGUGGCCUCGUCUUCCCCCCCCCCCUCCCCUCUCCCGUUCAUUCGAUGCUCUCACCUGGUGCAGAUAUCCGCUUCUGAGUUCACAUGCCCUCCAUGGCUGUCCUUUCCGGCGAGGAAGCUGAUCACGAGAAUUCUCGAUCCAAAUCCGAUGACCGUAAGCAUAAUCUCCUCUUCAUGCUUUAAUAUUCUUGGAUCAUAUCAUCUCACGAACGUCAACCACCCGGUUCGAAUCAUCCAUCUUCCUUUCGAAUGAAAACCCGGAUCAAAGCUGUGUGUCUGCUUAUCUCAUUGAUCUAUCGACCAUCACCAGAAAAAAAAAAGGGAUGCGUGGUUCUUCAGAAGUUUUUUUUCAAUGUAUUUUAUCUAAUUUGGGGCAAGUUAAAUACAUAAUUCUCAAGGAAAUUCUUUUUUCCCCCACAAAGCAGAUGUUCAUCUCUCUGGAUUGAUAUCUAUUUUUAAUGCUUGUGGCCAUGCAGAGGAUCACCAUCGCCGAGAUUCUGGAGGAUGAGUGGUUCAAGAAAGACUUCAAGCCCCCUGAAUUCGAAGAGAAGUAUGAGGCCAAUGUGGAUGACAUUGACGCCGCCUUCAAGGACUCGGAAGUUAGUUGAAGACGAGAUGCCUUCCCUUCUCUUGAGUUCUCUAUCAGAAAUGGACCGUUGACAUUUUCUUUUACCAAAAAAAAAAAAAAAAAAAAAAAAACAGGAACACCAUGUGAUGGAGAAGAGAGAGCGGGAGCCGGUCGCCAUGAAUGCCUUCGAACUGAUUUCAAUGUCCAAAGCUCUGAAUCUCGGGAACUUGUUCGAUUCAGAGGAGGUCCGUUUUACUUUUUCGGGCAGUUUCCUUUAUAAGUGAGGGGUUGAGUUUCGUGUACUUUACUUUUUAAGCUAGACAGGGGUUGACUUUUUGUUGGCCUUGUUCAUGGCAGGAGUUCAAGCGCAAUACCCGCUUCACCUCGAAGUAUCCGGCGAAUGAAAUCAUCAGCAAGAUUGAAGAAGCGGUGAAGCCACUCGGAUUCGACAUCCAGAGGAAGAACUACAAGGUGAUUAUUCAUAUGAAAUCCUUGAGAGUUCGAGGUAUCCGGCGGCCUGAUUUAUUCUUGGUUUUCCCAGAUGAGGUUGGAAAAUGUGAAGGCCGGGAGAAAGGGCAAUCUGAACAUUGCUACAGAGGUAUUUAUCCAGGAAAUCAGGAACGUUGUUCAGUCUUCUCAGGGCCUGGUCCCAUGGGAUCUUGUUCAGACAACUGAUUGUCUUCCCGUUGACUUCCAGGUGUUCCAGGUGGCUCCUUCCAUUCACAUGGUCGAGGUGAGGAAGGCAAAGGGGGACACCUUGGAGUUCCACAAGGUGCGCAUCAUAAUCGAGUCUUUUGGUUUCAUUGGGCCUGUGGUUUGUUCGUAAAAAUGCCAUCUCUUCACAGAUAGAUAGAGAGAGAGAGAGAGAGAGAGAGAGGAGCACGGCCCGAGGUUUGAAAUCCUUCAGGAGCCCAUAAAAUGGCCUGUAGACUAGACCCAUAAGGAGCUUGGGCCCUGCCGGGUCCUCUACUUUGCAGGGGAGAGAGAGAGAGAGAGAGAGUAGAUUUUUACGAUGUACUCGGUCGAGUGGCAUCUCUCCUCUCCUGCACUAUCAACAGAUCAUUCUGACGAACUUCUCUUGGGUCCUCUCCCAGUUCUACAAGAGUCUCUCGGCAAGCCUCAAAGACGUCGUCUGGAAGUCGCAUGACGACCUGCAAGGCCAGGCCCCCGAGUGA